ACGUACAGCCUUUCAGCGACAGCAGCUCACUGGCUCGUCAUCGUCGUAUCCACUCCGGCAAGCGGCCAUACAAGUGCCCUUAUGCUGAUUGUCAGAAGACCUUCACUCGUCGUACGACCCUUACGCGCCAUCAGAACCACCAUACUGGUACCGUCGAGGAGGCAGCGGCGGCGACAGCUGCUGCUCUGGCAGCCCAAGCUAGCAAAACCGCAGCCAGCCGGCAAUCGCGGAGUGAUGGGGAUCCGGCAUCAAAGCAUGCUUCCCCUCUUAACACACCUUCACCAGGCCAGCGACAAAUGUCCGGCUCCCCAGUUCCAAACCUGACCGCCGAGGCCAUGCGCCAGAACGAGUACUCAUACAUGAACAACAACGGUGGCUCACUUCCAGCCCAUCUGCGUAACGGCAUGCAAGGCCAAGUUCCUACAUCGGCUCCUUCUUACGGCGCGGACAUGCGCCCAACUUCACACCCAGCAACCUUUCCUCCCCCGCCCACGACUCUGGAGCCAAACAUCGAGCCACAUCAGUCUGGCCCCGGAAGUGCGGGAGGUAGCCCUCAUAUGGGUAGUGUUGGUUGGGCCUCUCCCUCCCAUAUUGCAUCGCCAACUCACAGUCAAAGUGGAAACGGCUAUGUAUACCCAGAUCCGGACCAAACAGCCUUCACGACCGGAGGGCUGGGGCAGAUGAGUCAGAUGUACUAUGGCAGUGCGGCUCAGAUUCGCCGUCCCCAAAGCACUGAACCUGGUGUCAACUUUCACUAGGUGUGGUGGGAAAUCUGGGGUCGGCGAUGUAUACACUGUUUACUUAUUUGUUUGCGAUUACAUAGAUUUCUUUGUUCUUGGAUGGCCUGCUUUCACUGGUAGCUGAAAUACCCACCCAUGGCAUGGGACAGUCCGGAACAAGGGACUGGAAAUGGUUCGGAG